AUGGCGAUUCGCAGACCCAACGUUGUGAUUAGUGAUGAUGAAUCAGGCUAUGACCCAGAUGUACUUUGUAUUCCUAAUCAUUACGCUGAAGAGUUGGAAAAGGUGUUUAUCCCUCAUGGACUAAUUAUGGAUAGGACUGAAAGACUUCCUGGAGAUGUGAUGAAGGAGAUGGGAGGCCAUCACAUUGUAGCUCUCUGUGUUCUCAAGGGGGGCUAUACAUUCUUUGCUGACCUGCUGGAUUACAUUAAAGCACUCAAUAGAAAUCAUGAUAAAUCCAUUCCUAUGACUGUAGAUUUUAUCAGACUCAAGAGCUACUGCAAUGACCAGUCAACAGGGGACAUAAAAAUAAUUGGUGGAGAUGAUCUCUCAACUUUAACUGGAAAGAAUGUCUUGAUUGUUGAGGAUGUAAUUGACACUGGCAAAACAAUGCAAACAUUGCUUCCCUUGGUUAAGCAGUAUAAUCUAAAGAUGGUCAGGGUUGCAAGCUUGCUAGUGAAAAGGACCCCUUGGGGUGUUGGAUAUAGCCCAGAAUUUGUUGGAUUUGAAAUUCCAGACAAGUUUGUUGUUGGAUAUACCCUUGAUUAUAAUGAGUUCUUCCAGGAUUUGAAUCAUGUUUGUGUCAUUAGUGAAGCUGAUAAAGUCAAAUACAAAGCCUAA